CUCACUAUCUACUUUAGCUAAAAACUGAAAAAGUGACUCUUUUUAACUGCCGCCCUCAUGGAGGCCGCCGCCGGCCGAUCGCCGCCGCGGCUGGCCGCCGAUCGACUCCACGUGGCCGUCGGCGGCGACGUGCGGCGGAGCAAGUCGACCCUGUCGCGGGCGUUGCGCAAUUUCGGCGGCGGCCUUCGCAUCCCCGUGCGCAGCAGCCUCCCGAGGACGACGGCGAUCGCGACCCUCGCGACCCAUCUCUGAAUCAGUCAGAUGGUUUUGGCGUCAGGAAUUCUCAAGAAUUUGCGAGGCAGGAUACGUACAGGAUGAGAUGCUGGAUGAGUACAUUCAUAUUUGUUUCUGCAGAAAAAAGAUAUAUCAAGAUGCAAGAUAAAGGGAAGGGGAUAGCACAACUUGUUGGAGAGCAUGCCACUGAGACACUAAUUACGGGAGCAGGAGCACACAGGUGCUAUUUUGUUGGGAUGGCACAACUUAAAUCCACAAGUGCAAAAUUUGUCAACCAGCAGGCCGAUCCAUCUUGUUAUAUUUUGUUCAUCUGCAAGCGACAGCUGAUUUAUGUCAGGGAAACAGAUGUAAACAAGUUCAAUACAGAUGUUCCCCGAUCAUCAGUAUCAGUGAAUUCUGCUGUGGAUUCUGGAUUACAAUACUUAAGAAGUUCUUCUAUAGGUUCAUCAGCUCUAAUGAAGUUGAAGAUGAUAUACCCAUGGUUUGGAUUGAGAGAGGGCAGAGGAUCCAUUAUAAAUCAGAAUCAAGCUCUGAAGGAAGUAACGAUGAACUCUUUGAACAACUUGACAGAGCGAUGGCAGAGGCUACAAAUGCAAAAUGAGAGGCAUAUGAAGAGUGGAUCCAUCAUCAAAAAGAUUCCUUUGAACUUUGUUGAAGGAAGUAAUGAUGAACUGUAUGAACAACUUGACAGAGUAACGGCAGAGGCUGCAAAUGCAAAACGAGAGGCAUAUGAAGAGCAGAUCAACUGUCAAAAAGCUGAAAAAUUGCAACUGAUGCCACUUGCAGAGUUAAAGCACUUGAGGAGGAUCUAAGGCGGAGAAAGGGUCUUGAGGAACCACUAGCUAAAGAAAAGGAAGCACUUGAAAUGACGAAGAACCAACUCGACGAGUCACAGAGGCUAUUGGAGAAUGCACUGGAGCAUCUUACAAACCAAGCAAGUGAAUC